GAAACAAUGAGAAAAAAACAAUCAUUGCUACGGGGGAAAAAAACACUGACGGAAGACAUUGUAAACUAGAAUCAUUUUUCUGUAGGAACAUAUUCUCUGUUUACACCGUAUUUCCGUCAACAUGUCGGGUGGAAAGCAGAGAAUUUCCAAUCUCGAAAAACCACUGGGCAAAGGAAAGCCCGAAGUGAACAUUGCAAGUUUUGCUUUGCUCUUUUCUGAGAUUGUCCAGUAUUGUCAGAAUCGUGUUUAUACAGUACCAGAGCUUCAGAAUAAAUUGUCAGAGUUUGGUUACCAUAUUGGUUCCCAUAUCCUUGAUCUUCUUUACCUUCGUGAAAAAGGCUACAAGAGAGAAAUCAAACUCCUCAAUAUGCUACUGUUUGUGAAAUCUAACCUUUGGAAAACAUUAUUUGGGAAAGAAGCUGAUAAGCUAGAACAUGCAAAUGAUGAUGAACGUACAUAUUAUAUCAUUGAAAAAGAACCUUUAGUUAACAGGUUUAUUUCAGUUCCUAAGGAUAAAGGUAGUUUGAACUGCGCGGCAUUUACAGCUGGAAUUCUGGAAGCAAUACUAAUUGGAGCAAAUUUUCCUGCCAAAGUGACUGUCCACUGGCACAAAGGAACCACUUUCAUGAUCAAGUUUGAUGAAUCAGUAAUUGUCCGUGACAAAAUGGUUGAAGGAAAAUGAGAAGAGAACUUCAAAUAAUUUUGUUAAUAGAAGAAACUUUGUAUGAGAAAAGUGUGUGUGUGUAUGUGUAUUCUGUAUGAACCAGAACAAAAAAAAAAAAGCUUAUUUUAAUGUAAAUUACUGAUAUUUAAACUAUAAUUUAAUGGUUUCGUUCCUUUUGUUGUUGUUUAUUAUUUUGUAGACAAUCAUUAUUUCCAAAUAAUACUAAAACCAUUCCGAAAUAAUUUCAACUUUUUAGUUACGUCUUCUGUGGACAAGUUUAGAAUAAGCUGGUUUUUUUGUUGGUUUUUUUGUUUUUAAAUGGAUGUUAUUGUUAUAGAUGGACAUUAAAUUCUAGUCUUUGAAUUAGUUUCUAUCUCUCUCUCAUUCUAUGAGACAUUUUUUAUUUAUACUGCAAAAAAGCCAACAUUAAUGUCAGACAUUAUUUAGCUCAGAGAUCAAACACAUCAAUAUCUUUUAACCCUUUUGUAACCAUAUUUCUGUUCAAAUACAAUUAAUUUUGAAAAUAAUGAAGAAUAACUUGGUCAUUAUUAAGCUAGUGUUUGGAAUAUAAGUUAGAUGAAAUUUUGAAGGAAGGUUUAAAUCUAAAUCACUUUAAACAAAGAAGUUUGUAUCAUGGGACCAAGAGCAAUCCCAUGUCUGUUGGUAUCAAAAGACUAAUCCAGUAAUGUCAUCAUUUAUAGUAUCAGUUAUGCAACUACCAUCCCUAAACAGAGCCAUUGCUGGUAAACUGAAAACAUUAGGGUGUCAGUUUUACAUACUGAAGAAUCAACAGUUUAUAUCCUAUCACAAAUCCAACACUUGUGUUCAAAGCAAAGACACACAGUUUCCAUAUAUCUUCACUUCUUUACAUACCUGGGUCACUGUAACUUACUUUUUUUUUUGUGUGUGUGUGCUGAGCUCAUAUCUUUAACAUAAGCUUGUCAUAACAAUCCUUUUCAGUGUCUCUGGAACAAUUGAUAUAUAAAUCUCUAGAAUACACGACAUGCAGCACCAUCAAUAAGAACUAUAAUAAUCAAAGAUAAAACUAAAAGACUUGAAAAUACUUGUACACGCUCAAAUUUAAAAAAAUAUAUAUCAAACAGGCAAAGAUCCAUUAUAUUAUGAAAAUCCAAA